CAGGGAGAAUGGACUGCUAUACCCCUUAUGUGUCUGUGAGCGAGCGAGGGAGAAAAGAGAAAAGUACAAGUUGUCACCAACCAGAAAAGUGAGAUGGAAGCCUGUAAACAUAAUAAUAACCACUGCAGCCAAAAAGAGUGCCUGACGAGCCCACUUUACUUAUCCAUGAGGCUAGUGCUGUCAAAGUGUCAUCUAGUAACACAGCAUGACAGAGACCACGUCAGACCUGCUGCAGAUAAAACGGAAACAAAACGAACCGUUUUCCCCGGAUCUGGUUCCUGAUGCCUGGAUUACGAAGCAGAAUUAUCCAGCUAACUUCAGGAUAAACACUGGGUUUGCUGAACUACAGAGGUGAUUCACUUCUUAAAGGAACAUAUCACCAUGGUAACUUAUGCCGUGAAGCAGAUUAGAUAUCAACAGCUGUGAAGCACGUCAUCUGAACUGCAACCACCCGACACAACGACAAGAAAUUUUUCAUCCAAGAUGACUGAAAAUAGCAACCAUAAUGUAUCCAGCCACCCUGUAGGGUCCCAUUCUUUGAAUGUUUUUACCAUUACCCUCCAUGGCAUUUUCGCUACCAUUGGCAUCGUGGAAAACCUCCUCAUCGUUGCAGUGGUGGGCUUCCAUGUCCGUCGCUCCAUCAUUAGCAUCUGGAUCCUGAACCUCGCAGUCUCUGACCUGCUAGCCACUUCUUGCCUGCCCUUCUUCACCCUGUACCUGGCCCGGGGCAAAACCUGGACACUGGGGACAACUUUCUGCCGCAUCCAUUCCUCCAUCUUUUUUCUCAACAUGUUCGUCAGUGGCUUCCUACUGGCGGCCAUUUCUCUGGACCGCUGCUUGGUGGUGCUAAAACCUGUCUGGGCCCAAAACCACAGAAACAUCCGACUAGUUAAGAAGAUAUGUGGGGUGAUUUGGGCCAUGGCUCUGAUCUUCACUAUCCCCUUCUUCCUGUUCCGUGAUGUCAUCCCUUUAAAAGAUGGACGGAAACUCUGUUACUAUGAUUAUGCACGAUUCCUGCCUGAACCAAAGAAUCAGACAAAUAAUAUACCUAUAAUUAAACAACGGAAAGAAGGACUGGCAAUAAUGAAGCUGUUUUUUGCCUUCUUAAUCCCUUUGGUCAUCAUCAUAGUGAGCUAUGCUGUUGUACACUCCAUAAUAGCAAACAGAUGUAACCGUCGCCCUUUCCGUUUUGUUCGGCUUGUAGUGUCUGUGGUGGUGAGCUUUGUACUCUGCUGGGCACCCUACCACAUAUUCAUUGUCAUAGAAGUGAUGGCUCCAAACUCUCACUCUGUUCAGGCUUUUAUAAUACAGGCCCUCCCAGUUGCAGCGACGAUCGGCUUCCUCAACAGCGUCCUCAAUCCUGUUCUGUAUGUGUUCAGCUGUCCUGACCUGUGCAAUAAGAUCCGACAUUCUCUCGGUGCAGUGAUGGAGUCUGUUCUGGCUGAGGAUCUUGCAGAGUUUGCCCGGCGCCGCAGCACAGCUCGGUGCUCUAUCAGCAACUCUGAGAUGAUGAUGAGAAAGAAGUAUUCCCUUGCAACUCAGGAAGAAACUAUGAGUACUUCAGUUUAGAAGUAAAACAUACCAUGUCUUCUUUAGUAAGUGCAAAGGAGGUUUUAUUUACCUCAACUGCACACACACAUUACUCAGACAAUACUUUUUCACAAGAAGCUUACCUGUUUUACUAUAGCAUUGUAUUCUCCAUCCAUCAAUCAAGUUAUUGGUGCCCAAUGUAGGAUUAAGAGUUUUAAAAACUGUAAACCAAAGAGUAUAUCUAUGAGACUUAAUGUCAUAUCUUAUAUCCUCUUUAACAUUCUCGACUUUAUGAAGAUUUGUCUAUUUAACAUGUGGAUAAACUAAAAUCCAACCUUAAUCCUGACACUGGAUGGAGCACUUGUGACCUGAUGGAUAUUAUGAGGUUUCUGUUGUUUUCAUAUGCGUCUUCAUGUAUUUAGACAAUGACAGCAGACAUUUGUCUUUAAAAUAAUUAAAUUUUAGAAAUGGCCUUUUUUCAUAACAGAAAGAGCAAAGAAGAGCAAAGUUCACUCCAUGUCCUUUUACAAACUUUCUUUCUUUCUCAGUCAACACUCAAUACAAAAUAUCCAUCAGUCCCUGUUUCAGUAAAAAUAUCUAGCAGUGCUUCUUUGUGCUUGACAUAGAGAUACAUUGCAUAAAAAUAGAGAAAGAUAGCUUUAUCAUUUAAUUUUAGCUUUUCAGUACAAAGUCCUAGACUCAUUUGUAUUAGUGAAUUAUAUGUAAUGUCUGUGCUCUAGCAAGAAAAACCAGUUUAGUUAGCAUUACUAUACAGUCAUGUGCAGUAUGUCGCUAAAUUUGCAAACCUCUCUUGUUUUGAGGGUGUUUGGGUGUUUGAUGAAAAUGUAAAUUUAGUUUAAAGUAGUAACGUUUUUUUGCUUUGUAAAUAACCGAAACUUAGACUGCUUAAGAAAUGUGUAAUGUGUUUCUCACUAGAUGUUAUCAGCAGCUGUAAGCGCCUACAGCAGCAUUUAUUUUUCAGAUGCAAAACAUUCUGUUUCCUUUUAUGAUGAAAUUGCUCACGCUGUUUAUGAGAAAGAGUGUGUUGCACCUUUACUUUAGUGCUCAUUUAUAUGCUGUCAAUACCUUUUAGCAGUAAAGUGACAUUUUAGAAAAUGAAUAAAAGAAAAGAAAAGUAUCCUGGCACCUUAGUAUGACUCGUUGCUUACCAUUAUAUAACCACAAUCUUGUGUUUCCAUAGUGAUUCACACCUUUUCUAUUUUUAAAAUUACUGACAGCACACGUGUGAUUAAAUGCAGUUUUUAAUGAUCGUAAACCGAGCAGUAGAAAACAAUCGCUUCAUGAACUCACAGGCGAUAGAUGAGGAAAAGUGAAUGCUCCAGUUCACAUGGCUCAUCAGUCAGCAGCAAGGAUACUGUCACGGCUGGGGCAGCAGUCGUGUUGUGGAAUGAAAGGAGGACCCAAAAUGCAGGCAGCCGACUGAUGAUAUGAGUGAGUUUAUUUACACAGUGGCAGGGUGACAAAAACGGGCAAUAAAGUAUGAGCAGCUACUGAAGCAGACCUAAACUGGGAUAAACUAAAGAGCAAACCUGAAGUAAUACGAAACGGAGAAUGCAGAGAGACGCAGACGAACGCAAAGAUACACAGACGAGCCGACGACAGGCACAGACU